AUGACUCCACAGCCAGACCGGAAUAGAGGAGAGGCGCCGGCGGCUGGUGAAAUGCCGAGGUCUGUACCGACACCGUUUUUAACAAAGACUUACCAGCUCAUCGAGGAUCAAUCCAUUGAUGACGUCAUCUCUUGGAACGAAGACGGAUCUACUUUCAUCGUCUGGAAUCCUACCGAGUUUGCUAGAGAUUUGCUUCCUAAGUAUUUUAAGCAUAACAAUUUCUCUAGCUUCGUUAGGCAGCUCAACACCUAUGGAUUUCGGAAAGUCGUACCUGAUCGAUGGGAAUUCGGAAACGACUCCUUCCGGAGAGGUGAAAAAAAUCUCUUAAUUGAUAUCCAGCGUCGGAAGGUCGCGACGCCGAUUGUUGCUACUCCUUGCGCAGCUACAACAGCGGUGGUGACUGUAGUUGCCUCGCCUCCACCUCCGCCUGCUCAACCACCGCUGGCUGUAUCUACCACGGAUUCAUGUGAAGAGCAAGUAGUGACGUCGAAUUCAUCUGCAGGGAGCACAGCAGAGCUUUUAGGACAAAACGAACGGUUAAGGAUUGAGAAUUUACAGCUCAACAAAGAGUUAAACCAAAUGAAGAAGCUAUGCGGCAAUAUAUAUAAUAUGAUGUCGAAUUACAACGCAGACUGUUCUACCAUCGGUAAUAAUCAAUCGGCGGAGAGUAUUUCGCCGGCGUUAAAGCCACUUGAUCUCUUACGGACGGAGCGGGCCGUUGAUCAAUCGGGUCGAACCGUAUGCGAUGAGGAGAACCGGGUUGAACCGGAGGCGGAAGCGAGAUUAUUCGGGUUCUCGAUAGGCAUGAAGCGUAUUAGAGAAGGUGAGGUAGCAAUGGCGGAGCAUUAUCAGGAUUUACGCCUACAGCAACCUGGAGUUGACAUGAAAUCAGAACCGUCCGAUCAAGGAAGUAAUGGUGAUAAUGAAGAGACAUCGUGGCUGUUACAUUGCGGUGGACGAAAUCAACGGACGUGUAAUUGAUAAGAGUUAGUUGUUGGUGUGACCGUGUGGGCAACUUAGAUUUUAGAUUAGAGAUUAGCUGAUCAUAAUGGAAAGAGCUCUAAGACCAAAGAGCUGUUUAAUUACCAAUUGUGACUCCAUAUGUACACGUGCUAAGUCAUGUGAUGCCAUGUGGGGACUAUGGCUAUCUUCAAGAAGCUUCUUUUUGAUCC